GUUGGGCGCUCGCUGCGCGGCGUUACUGCCGUUACCGGCCGGCCUGGGCGCACUCUGGGGGUGGUGCCGGGCCUGGGAGCCCCGCUGAAGCAGGCACCGGGGGAUAGAGGAUUCGCAGCAUGAGCGCUGUGACUGAAGAAGUUGCGCCAGAAGAUGGCAACCCGGAAUUUAAAAGGAAGACGUUUUAUUGCAAAAUCUGUAACAUUAUGUGUCUGAGUUUCAUAAGUCUUCAGUCACACUACCAUGGUGCAAAGCAUAGAAAGAGACAAGCAGUCCUGAAAUACAAGGCCAUGUGUUUGAAGAGAAGUCUCAUGAGGGACAUAACCUGUCUAAAGGAUUUUAUGAAUCAUCCCAGAAGACAAGAACCUCUAGUUGGUUUACAGUAUGUGGUUGAAUUCAGAUAUGAAGGAAGGAUCAAUCCCCGCUAUGAGUGCAAGCUGUGUGGAGUUCAGACAGCUAUGGUACCUAUGAUGGAACAUCUUAGUGGAUAUAAACACAGAAGAGCAUACAUUUCUAAAGAAUAUCCAGAUAAAAUUAAGACAGCGACCUCAGAUGUGAAGGAAUACAGCCUUGUCAAACAAAUAGCAGAAGAGCUAGAGAAGACUGAAGGAUUAAAAAUGUACAAGACUGAAACUUUCAUGAGAUCAAAGACUUCACGCCCAUCAAAGGAGCAAGAAAGCGUGGAAGAUGAUUUUAAGCAUGAGAAUGAUCCUGUUCGGAAACAGAAAGCUCUGGAGUUCUUGGAGACUUUUCACAUCACCUCAGACUCUGAAGCAACACUUGUGGUUCAUAUUACACAGGAACUCACAGAAGCUUUGAAAGCCUUUUGUGAAAAGAAAGUAGCAGUUAAUUACACAAACAGUCUGACACCACCCAUGGCAGCACCUCAAGAUGAAUUUCCAGGAGAGGAAAGCAUCCCAGAACACUACGAGCCAUAUGAAGAAUCCGAAGAAAAUUCUGACUGGAGUCAAGGACUUUUGUCACAGUAUGAAGAGUGUUCUGCGGAUACCUCUCUUGUUCCUGCUAACUCAUACAGCUACCAAACAGAUGAUGGAUCGGCUUCCUAUGGACUAAAAUCUAAUGAGUUUACAACGAUGUCUACCCCCGGGGACUCUUUUGCUCUUCAGACUGAAAGUCCUGCCAAUGGUAUCAACGAGCGGUUGAGACAGUUCAGCCCAUCUGCUUCUGGCGGUAACUCAGCUGGUGGGGCCCCUUCCUAUGAGACAAGUCCAGUGAACGAGUACUCAGCAGAAUAUAUGUCCAACAAUGUGCAAGGCAGCGAGCUCUCUGACAGCAGAGUCGGGUAUGGCGGGGAAAGUACAAAUUGGAAGGAUCCACAAGCAUGUGCCAGGAGUAUAAGUGAUCAAGGAUUACCCUAUUCCAAUUCCCCUGCCUCAUAUCCUAUAUCUGCAGGAUACUCCACAAACUAUUCUUCACAAAGCUAUUCUGCCUACAGCAGUGGGUCUGUGAAUACGUGCACGUUCUCUGUAAAUUCUGCUGUUUCAGGAACCGGUGACUCCAGCUGGAGCCAAGAGUCCAGCUGGAACCAGAACUCCAGCUGGAACCAGGAGUCUAAUUGGAGUCAGGAGACUUGUUGGAACCAGGAGUCUUGGCAUGAAGAAUUCAGGCAUCAGAAGUCAGACUGGAGUAACUGGGCUUCACAUCAGUACUCUUUUGCUGGGAGUGGUUCAUACAGCGCAGAUUACCAGCAGUUCAGAAGCUCAGAGAUGCUUGAUCAAAAUGCUGUUGGUUUGACUCCCAGCGUAGUUAAUAGACUCCACAGAAAGGAUAUACCUACAGUGACCAGGAUGCACAAAGCCUUAGCUCCGUAUUAUCCAGCACGUCAAAGGGUGAACAUUCGGACAUUAGUCAAUGUGCUGGUUGAAACUAGAGAAGAGGAUUAAGAACCAACAACAGACUGGAAACAUGAACGGAUUCAAGCAUCUCCAUCUCUUGGCUUUCAGGAAAGAGACCACAUUUAAUUCUGUGUUUGACUGGUGUUGGAAGGGGAAAGGGAGGUAGGGUUUAAUUUUUUUAACAGGGGAAAUACAGCUGGAACACAAACUUGCACAUAAUGGAGGUGAACAUACUAUUUUCUUUAGGCUUUUUUAAUGUAUUUGCUAUAUCUUAGGAAAAUGUGGGGAAAAAAAAGUUAUUUUUGGAAAAUGUGGAAAAUGUUAAUGUUGUUAUGUCAGCAGAAAGAGAAUUACCCCUUGAACACCCUUCCCAACUCAGAAAAAACACUUUUAUGUUACCUAGUUAGGAGGAACAUUCCCUGAAAAUGCAGGUUCAUUGAAAGAAAAUGCAGGUUUACUUUACUUCACACAAACAUAAGGCCUUGUUAAUUCAAGGCUUUAUUAUUUGCCUGGUUUUAGAAACUGAUACGCUAUGUUUUAUGUUUAGAGAAGGGAGAUUGUCACAGCACAGGUAUUCUGUCUUGAUGUGACAAAAUGCAAUCUGUUCUAGGGGAUUGGUAUGCCUUGGGCCAUCUUACUUGCUUUUGUUUUUGCAGAGUAGAAAGAGAUGUGAAAUAUAUGCAGAACUUUUUAUCACGUUUGUAAUGAAAUGGCUGCAAAUAGACUUAACUCGUUUGAGGGAUUGAUCCAUAGUAAAAUUGAACUUGUUGAUUUCUUCUACUGGCAAAAGCAUACUAAGAAACAGUAGAAGCUACAAGGCUAUGAGAAAAAAGGGGAAAGAAUAAAGUAAAAAUGAUCUGCUAA